AUGAAUUCUGGUAUAGGCCUAAAGCCACCCACAUCUCAUCAAAUAACCAGUGGAAGAUUUUCUUCAAGGGCUGAUAGUGUGAAAAAUGUCUGCAUCCUUGUCACUAGAAAGACUUUGGGCUCCUUUCCAAAGGGUGCCUACAAUAACCACAGAAUUAAUAUGAACAUUUUAAGAAAAAUUGUUUGUCAGAAAACCACAAAGUUUCGCAAAGUUUGGACAAAACAUUCAAAGUGCUCCAUCAACUAUGUCAGUGGAAGAAUUUAUUUUGCCAACUUUGGGUGCUGUUACAGUAGUAUUCCUUCAAAACCACAGCAACUGUACGAAAUGCCCAGAUGUCUAAAAUCAGAAAAAAUUGAAGACGCAAUGUUAUGUGAAGUUCCAUUGGGGGAGGCUCUUCCUCAGCCAUCAGACUAUACCGCCUCGUUGAUUGCCAUAACUGGUCACAACUGGUUGCUACGUAUUGCUGCUGACACUGGGGAGACGUUGCAGAAGGUUUACCUUGGGUCAUACAGAAGAUUCAGGUAUAUUGCCUGGAAUGUUCCACAGGAGACUCUAGUGGUCAAAUCUAUACAAAAGAAUAGUGUCUCUGAAAGCCAGCAGAGCACAGUGCUGUUUUAUUUUGCGAUCUUCAAUGUUUUCCCUCUGACAUUAGUAGGCGUACUGGAGAUUGAUAAAAAAGUGUUUGGCUCAAAUGUAGCUGAUGCCAUGAUUUCUAAUGGGAUGGUGAUUGUAAUGCACAGUGUUGGACUAGUCCGCAUCUACAGCUUUGAGAGAAUAGCCAAACAGUACAUGCAGCAGUUGUGUGUCUUGGGGGAGACCUGCACUUGGAAAGGUGAAACUGGGACUGUUGGAGACUUUCCAUUUGGCGUUCCUUGUAACAUCACAUUGACAGAAAGACCUCCAGUUCUCUUUGAGGUUCCUUGCCUAGAAAAUGCUUUUCAAGUGGGUGGCUAUCCCUUGCAUUAUAUAAUUACACCCAACAAGAAAACACAGAAAGGAAUCUAUCACAUCCGCUCCAUGGAUGAUCACAACCUUGCAAAGAAUGGCAUACGUGAACUGAAAUACUGUUCACUGGAACCCGGCUGGAUUAACUUCCAUCCAGAUACAUCUGAAAGAAUAAUCCAAUUUGGACCGGAUCAAAUCAGUGUUUUACGGCUUAAGGAGCUGGAAAAUGAUUCAUACCAAUAUGGGGUCAUGGAAGAAUUCAGCAUUCUAGCCAUGCGUGACCGUACGGUGAACAAUAAGGUUACUGUGACUGCAUCUGGGAGAUUGGUGAAAAGGCGUUAUGAGAUGCUAGAUGAUGACCCAGAACAAGAGACAUUCCAGGCUGUAGUCUAUGAAGAUGAGCUGGACUUGCUAAUGUUGGUGGCUGUGACCCAGAUAGACUCUGAAGGAAAUGCACAUGUUAAUCUACACUGCAAUGAAACUGGCAGCGUUCUGAAGAAGAUCAUACUCCAGGAAUCCUGGGAUGUGACUCACAGCCACGACUUAGUGUUUGAUCAUGACACAGUAAUACACAUAAAGGAAAGGCCCAACCACAACUUUUCAUGCUAUGUUUACAAAAUGCACUGCAACCUGGAGGAUUAA